AAUUGAAUUUGGAUAACGCGUGGCCCAAUCCUUCAACUCACACCCGUGCAUGUAAUGUAACCAAAUCUCCAUUCUCAUUUCUCUGUACUAUACACACAACCCUUUAAUUGAAUGACAUCAUAAUCAUAAUAUACAGAGUGAGAUUGAGAAGAUCUUCAUUUUUACUACUGAAAUUCCCACUUUCUCCCUGUAGUCUUAGGGAAAAUGGCUGUCUCCGCCAAUAGCAGGAUAUCACUCUCCUCUGCUGUUCAGUUGCAUGGACUCAAAAGAGGGAAUGCCAGCAACUUGGGCCUUGUAAAGUUUUCUAGUGGAGAAUUCAUGGGUCUGAAGCUGAAGCUAACCCAACUUCACCAACAUGGAACUCAUAAUAAUGCAUGUACAAAGAAUGCUACUCAACGUAUAUGCAUGUCUCUCACUACUGAUUUCGUCAACCAACCCAAGUUGACGAACCUAGAUGUGGAUAAAAAGGACCCAAGGACGGUUGUGGCAGUGAUACUUGGUGGAGGAGCUGGAACUCGUCUCUUUCCUCUCACUAAGCGCCGUGCCAAACCUGCUGUUCCCAUUGGAGGUGCUUACAGGCUGAUUGAUGUUCCAAUGAGCAAUUGCAUCAACAGUGGCAUCAAUAAGGUGUACAUCCUCACUCAGUUUAACUCAUUCUCACUAAACAGGCAUAUUGCACGUGCUUAUAACUCUGGCUCUGGAAUCACCUUUGGAGAUGGUUACGUCGAGGUACUUGCAGCCACUCAAACUCCCGGGCAGGCAGGUAAAAGUUGGUUUCAGGGUACUGCUGAUGCUGUAAGGCAAUUCCACUGGCUAUUUGAGGAUCCGAGAAGUAAGGAUAUUGAGGAUGUAUUGAUUCUUUCUGGAGAUCACCUCUACCGAAUGGACUACAUGGAUUUUGUUCAAAAUCAUAGGGAGAGUAAAGCAGAUAUCACUCUUUCUUGUUUGCCAAUGGAUGACAGCCGUGCCUCAGAUUUUGGUCUAAUGAAGAUAGACAGAAAAGGAAGGAUCCUUUCAUUUAGUGAGAAGCCUAAAGGAGAAGACUUGAAAGCAAUGCAAGUAGAUACAACAGUGUUGGGCCUUCCACGGGAUGAGGCUGAAAAGAAACCAUACAUUGCUUCUAUGGGAGUGUACGUCUUCAAGAAGGAAAUACUUCUUAAUCUUUUAAGAUGGCGUUUUCCAACUGCAAAUGAUUUCGGAUCAGAGGUCAUUCCUGCCUCUGCUAGAGAGUUUUACAUGAAGGCUUAUCUCUUCAAUGACUACUGGGAGGACAUAGGGACCAUCAGAUCAUUCUUUGAGGCAAAUCUAGCCCUCACUGAGCAUCCACCCAGGUUUAGCUUUUAUGAUGCAGCAAAACCAAUGUAUACAUCAAGGAGAAACUUACCGCCAACAAAGAUUGACAAUAGCAAGAUUGUUGAUUCAAUCAUAUCGCAUGGGAGCUUCGUGACUGAUUCUUUGAUAGAGCAUAGUGUAGUUGGAAUCAGAUCUAGAAUUAACUCAAAAGUUCACUUAAAGGAUACAGUAAUGCUUGGGGCUGAUUUUUAUGAAACCGACACUGAAGUGGCAGCACUGUUAUCUGAGGGAAGAGUUCCAAUUGGAAUAGGAGAAAAUACAAAAAUCAAAGACUGCAUUAUUGACAAAAAUGCUAGAAUUGGAAAGAAUGUUGUUGUAGCGAACUCCGAGGGUAUACAAGAGGCUGAUAGAUCUUCACAAGGUUUUUACAUCCGUUCCGGUAUUACCAUUGUGUUGAAAAACGCAGUAAUUGAAGAUGGAUUCAUCAUAUAGUAACUUCCCCAAUCAUUUGUUUGGCCCAUACAAGAAACAUACCCUGGAUUUGAAGUUAGUAUACCCACUUUUUUGGUGCAUAUAUUCCCGCUUUCACUUCCCAUAUACAAACAAUAAAAACCUCUUAUUCAUGUAACAAUAGCAUCAAUGUGCCCAUUAUGAUGUGUAAAUGGAUACAUAUAGAGAUUCAAUCAUGAUUAUAUAUAUAUAUAUAGAUAUAUGGGGCAGAAAUUCGUGCUAAGCUUGAAGC